AUUGUUAAUAUCUACGUUUGGUGAGUAUUUUAGAGCUGAUCGAGAGACAGUUUGACAUUGGAUAAAUUUUGUCGAAGGGAGAAUAAUAUUCAGACCAAAUUUGUUUUGUGGAAGCAACACGUUGCUAAGGGUUGCAGAGACAGGAAGUUCCAGCCAUUUUCGGAUAUAUUUUGUCGCAAUACUGUCUAACGUUUCGCAGAUCCAGGUCUUAGAUAUAUCAGAAACAGUGAAGUCCCAGGAUAUCUUUGACAGCAAGUAACGACUGUAUAGUAGAAUUUUAUUUUUCGGGUGUAAGGGUAGUUCAUUAAUUUUAUUCUUGAUGUCAUUAAACACGUCGAGUAAUUCUGAUUUGUGUUCCUCAUCAGACAUAUUGAAAUCAAAAUAGCGACCUAAGUAACGGAAAGAUUUGCCCAUUUCGGUUCUGGGUACAAGAUGGUUAUUAACGAAAAGCUUGGGUAAAUACUGGAUAGACUUAGUUAACUGUUUUUUAAUGCCAAAUGUUGAACAUUUGUCAACGCGUAUAAUCAUAUUAGCCCAUUGACACCAGAUUGUAAAAUGAUUAAGGAGCAUUUGAUUUUGGUUAGAUGGAAAACACGGAGUCGGAGUUCCGGAGUCGGAGUCCCGGAGUCGGAGUCCCGGAGUCUGACGUCAUAAAAAUAUGGAAAACAUGGAGUCAUAUGGAAAACACGGAGUCUGACGUCAGAGAAAAAUAUGGAAAACACGGAGUCAUAUGGAAAACACGGAGUCUGACGUCAUAAAAAUAUGGAAAACACGGAGUCAUAUGGAAAACACGGAGUCUGACGUCAGAGAAAAAUAUGGAAAACACGGAGUCAUAUGGAAAACACGGAGUCCACCAUAUAAUAUGGAAAACACGGAGUCUGACGUCAGAGAAAAAUAUGGAAAACACGGAUCAAUGUCUUAUCGUGAUCAAUGUCUUAUCGUUAUCGUGAUCAAUGUCUGCAGAUGCAUGACUAUCAAAAUUAUGUAGUUCCGUAUUGUUUGACUUAUUAAGGAGGAUGCGCAAUUUCUUCGCGACAAAUUUGAUCUCCAGAAUACUACCGUUUUCCAGUUUUAAUUUCUUUAAAGCUUUUUUUAAAUCCUUUGUUGAAAAUGUUUGGUACUUUCUUUCGAAUUCCACACUGUUAUUGUUGUCAACAUGUCCAAAAUUCCCACUAAAGUAAUUGUAGACGACGAUUGCCAUGGUAUUGAUGUUGUUAUUUAGAUCAUCCGGUGUGAUUGGGUGAUACAAAAAAGUUAACUUGAAAAAGUCGUUGGCAGUUGACCAUUGUAAUGGCGAUUUGGGUAUUUUUAUCCCCCUUUUUAAGUCGGGGAAGUUUUCUUGGGUGUUCAAAGGUGAUAUUAUUGUUGCAGUUCGUCUUCAAGGUCGUCAAUAACUCUACAGCUUCGUUUGUGCAUUUAAGUCCACGAGCUCCUUUGCAGACUUUACCACAGCAACAUUUGACUGCUUUGCAAGACUUUGCGGGUAGACACAUUUUUGUAGGCAUUUCCAUAGCAGGAUUAACAUUCAAAGUAGAUUCUCGUUCGUUCCCAAGUUUACUUUUACACCGCCACGAGUGACGCCCUAACGAUUCAAAUUCCUUGCCACAAAAUCCACAUAUUAUUGGCGUUGCAAAUAACGCAAGCAAGCUUGCACGAAUCAUACUUGAUUAAUUUUAGGUAUAAAAUUCAAAAUGUAAUGUAACCAUAUCAAUUCAAGUAAAAUUUUUUGAUGAAACCAAGGACAUGUACAGAGAGCGUAUAUACGCGACUGCUCGAUGUCGAUAAUAAUAAUAAUAAUAAUAAUAAUAAUAAUUUAUUAAACAAAAAUAAUUAUUAAAUAAUAAUAAUUUAUUAAUUUAUUGGUCAGGAAAGUAAAGUUGAUAAAGUGAUACCUGAUGCGGAUGAAAGUAUAAAGUUCUGGAGCAAAAUAUGGGACAAUGGAAUUGAACAUAAUAAGGAUUCUGAAUGGCUACAUGAAAUGAAACAGGGAAUCGGAUAUUUGAACCAAAAAGAUUUGAAGAUAAAUAAGGAAGACAUUACAAAGCAGUGUAAGAAGAUCCCCAAUUGGAAAGCGCCAGGACUAGAUGAAGUACAGGGUUAUUGGAUAAAGAAAAUUACAUCUUGUCAUCAAAGGAUUGCAGAACAGUUAGAUGAGAUUUUAAAUGGUAAGGCCGAACUACCUCAAUGGAUCACAUAUGGUAGGACAGUGUUGUGCUUGAAAGACCCAUCAAGGGGUAAUGCAGAUGAUAACUUUCGACCCAUAUCUUGCUUACCAUUGAUGUGGAAAUUGAUGAAAGGUGUGAUAGCCGAAAGAAUGUACACUUUUCUGGAGAUGAAUGAUGUACUACCGAAUGAACAAAAAGGAUGUAGAAGAAAGACUAGAGGACCAAAAGACCAAUUGUUAAUUGAUAAGUUAGUUUUAAGAGACUAUAAAAGAAGACAUACAAAUUUAUCGAUGGCCUGGAUAGACUAUCGCAAGGCAUAUGAUAUGGUACCUCAUUCUUGGAUAGUGGAAUGUAUGAGUAUGUUCAAAAUCGCAGCAAAUGUGAGAACGUUUGUGGAAAGUAGUAUGGAGAACUGAAAAACGGAGUUAAAUCUUUGGGAGAAAGUCUUGGAAAUGUGAAUAUAAGACGAGGUAUUUUUCAAGGAGAUAGUUUAUCUCCAUUGAUAUUUGUGAUGUGCAUGAUACCAUUAAGCUUGAUACUGAGAAAGGAAAAGGUAGGGUAUGAAUUUCGCGGAGAAGAGCUCAAAAUCAACCAUCUUCUAUUCAUGGAUGAUCUUAAGUUGUUUGGAAAGAACAAGGAGCAAAUAGACUCACUGGUGAAAACUUCCCAUAUUGAUAGCAAAGACAUUGGAAUGGAAUUUGGGAUAAAGAAAUGUGGAAUGCUUGUAAUGAAAAGAGGAAAGAUUGUGGAAUGUAAUGGAAUACAGCUACCUGAUGAGGAAACAAUAAAGUCAGUAGAAGAAGAUGGAUAUAAAUAUCUUGGUAUACUGGAAUCAGAUAAAAUUAUGGAGGGUGAAAUGAAGAGAAAGUUUGUAAAGGAAUACGGGAUGAGAUUAAGACUGGUGCUGAAAUCAAAACUGAAUGGCAGAAACAAAAUCAUGGCGAUGAAUACUUGGGCUGUUGCGCUGCUGAGGUACGGAGCUGGUGUUUUGAAAUGGACAAAAGAUGAAAUUGCUGCAAUGGAUCGCAAAACACGUAAACUGAUGACACUGUAUGGUGCUCUUCACCCAAGAAGUGACAUUCAUCGAUUAUAUUUACCGAGAGAAAAGGGCGGAAGAGGUUUGAUCAGUUGUGAAGGAUGCAUUCGUACAGAGGAGAACAGUUUGGGAUGGUAUGUAAAGAACAGUGUGGAACCACUUUUACAACAAGUUGCAAAGGCAGGUGUGAUUGAAACGGAAAGAUGCGAAACAAAAGAAAAUUUUAAGAAGAAAGCAGUAGAGGAGCUAGAGAAAGCUUGGAUUGAUAAGAAAAUGUAUGGACAAUAUAACAGAGAUUUAGGUAAAGAAGUGGAUAGGGAGAAGACAUGGUGGUGGCUGAAGAAAGGAGACUUGAAACCUGAGACUGAAGCACUUCUUUGUGCUGCACAAGAACAAGCUCUAAGGACAAAUUAUGUAAAGUUUCACAUAGAUAGAACUGUCGAGUCUCCACUCUGUAGGCUUUGUGGGGAAAAGGGAGAGGAUAUAACACACUUGAUAAGUGAAUGCAAAAAGCUAGCACAAAAAGAAUACAAACGAAGACAUGACAAUGUGGCUCGCAUUGUACACUGGAAGCUAUGUGGUUUGUACCAACUAGAGAAAGCUGAAAAAUGGUAUGAACACCAACCAAAUGGAGUAAUUGAAUCAGAUAAUGUAAAGAUUCUCUGGGAUUUUAACAUACAGUGCGAUCAUGUGAUUGAAUGUCGAAGACCUGAUAUUGUAGUGGUUUUAAAGAAGGAAAAGGAAUGCAAGAUCAUAGACAUCGCAGUUCCAGGGGACUGUAGAAUUGGUAUAAAAGAAACAGAGAAGGUAGAAAAGUAUGAGGAGUUGAAAAGGAAAUUCGGAAAAUAUGGGCAAUGAAAAAAGUAGAAGUCAUUCCAAUAAUAGUAGGUGCCUUAGGAGCAGUUAGUAAUAAACUGGAUAAGUGGAUUGAGAAAUUGGGAAUACAUAUAAGAAUAGAACUUCUACAAAAAAACAGCAUUGUUAGGGACG